GAUGGGUCGCCGGGCUCGCGCUCUCCGUCACCGUCCCAAAGCCGCGGUCGCCGCCGCCUCCACCGCCACCACCGUCGCCGCCGCCGCCAUGAGGGGGUGUCCGGCCGCUCGGCACUUCCGGCCGCAGCCCGACCCCCCCCAGGCCCCGCCCCUUCCGCAGAGCGAAUUUCCGGUGUCCCUGUCACGUGAUGCGCGUGGCCUCUCCCCGCCCCACAACUGGCUCCCCGCUGGUUGCUGCUGCGCUGGGGUCUCCGGGCACCGGGACCGGACGGGCCCCGGAGUGGCCGCGGCCGCGGCAGAAGGAGCGGGAGCAUGCGGCCCCGGUGAAGCGUCUCGUACGCCCGCCCGGCACCUCCGCGCCCCGCCCCGCCGCGCCUCGGACCUGCCCGGCUUGGGCCCCGGGAGCAUGAGCGGGCAGCGCGUGGACGUGAAGGUCGUGAUGCUGGGCAAGGAGUACGUGGGCAAGACGAGCCUCGUGGAGAGAUACGUGCACGAUCGCUUCUUGGUGGGGCCCUACCAGAAUACCAUUGGGGCAGCAUUUGUGGCCAAGGUGAUGUCUGUGGGAGACAGGACAGUGACACUAGGCAUUUGGGACACAGCUGGCUCCGAGCGUUAUGAGGCCAUGAGUCGAAUCUAUUAUCGUGGUGCCAAGGCAGCCAUUGUCUGCUAUGAUCUUACUGACAGCAGCAGUUUUGAACGAGCCAAAUUCUGGGUGAAGGAGCUUCAGAGUUUAGAGGAGAGCUGUCAGAUCUACUUGUGUGGCACCAAGAGUGACCUUCUGGAGGAAGAUAGAAGACUGCGCCGGGUUGACUUCCAUGAUGUCCAAGAUUAUGCAGAUGAUAUAAAAGCUCAGCUCUUUGAGACAUCUAGCAAGACAGGCCAGAGUGUAGACGAGCUGUUCCAGAAGGUGGCGGAAGAUUAUGUCAGCGUGGCUGCCUUCCAACUGAUGACAGAGGACAAAGGCGUUGACUUGGGUCAGAAGGGCAACACCUUCUUCUACAGUUGCUGCCAUCACUGAGAGUCACUCUGUCACCUGGAAGGGACCCUGCUGGACCUUUGCCUGCUCUCUGCUGCUCAAGGGGCUGUCUGAGCUACCCAGUUCCAGAGGCAGAAAGGGGUGGGCACACCUCCCGCCUGUGCUGGCCCAGGAUCAGAGGCAGUAGCAGACUGAAAAGGCAAGAAGCCAGUUCUGACUCUGGGCUCUCUGCUAUUUGCUGGGCAGCACUUGUAUCUCUGCACAUAAUUUAAGUGGCUUCUGCCUUGUAAAUAAAGCCCCCCACCCCACCCCACCCCCACCGAUAGUUGGCCCACUUCCUUACUAUUUCAUGGGAAGGGAGGAAUGUGUUAAUGUGGAAAGGAAAAACUAUUUAAGAUUUUUCCUCUCCUUACUUGAGUCUUAGAAUACAGAUUGGGUAGCAGGGUAUCUACUUGUCCCCUGAUGUGACUGGCCCAAUGAAUCUGUAUGGAAAAAUUCCUUUCUCUAGUUUUCUCGUAAGUGAAACAGCAGUGGCUUAGAGGGUUUCUGUCUAUGGUGUGGUAGCUGCUGAUUGAAAGGGCCUCUAGAGUUGGCCUGGUUGGGUUUUGGGGGAUGUAGCUGAUCACCACAGGGUACCCAGGGACAGAAAGGGAUGCCAGUACUCCAGGUUUGGCCAGGCCAGUGGUACCCAUGGAAUGCUGCCACCAAAUACUUGGCCCUGCAGUACUUUCAUUUGAUUUUUAAAGUUAACUGUCUAGAGAUGAGAUGUUUGGGGGGGGGGUCUGUACUCUCAGCAUCUUGUUGUGGUAUCUGUUUUUCUUGUAGGUUUUCAAAGACUGCCCAGUUAGUGCAAGCUUUUUCUAGAGGACAGGCUUUUUUUAUGGGCUUGGUGGUAAAUUCUGUGGCCUAGGAUUAUCUAGAGGGAAAACUGACCCAGAAACAUCCAUAGAUUUUUCUUUGAAGCAACUGGAGAUGAGAACUUGUCAGAUCAUUCAAGUUCUCUUCUCCCUGCAGGGAGAAGGUGCUUAUUAGCAGCUUCAAAAAACUCCUUCCCCCCUUAAACCAGAGUAAAAAGGUGCCCUUAGAUUUGACUCAGUCUGAACUUAGUGAAAGUAUCACAGUUAUAUUAGUUACGGUUAAGUGCCAGUCAUAAAGAGCUGUACACUUCUAGUCUGGGGGGUGUUCAGAUGAAGGUGGGAUAAAGCUCAGUCCCUUAUGCUGAAAAGUCCACAUAUUUAGGGAGAAAUAGAUGGAGCCAGCACAGUAUGUUAUAGGCCCUUUUCAACGAUGAGAGGGGUCACCACUGAGCAGCCACAAAUUCUUAAUCCUGACCUGUAUGUAAGCCUUGGCUGCAAACCUUCAGGAAGUGAGUCCAUACAUGAAUUACCCACUUGGAAAGUACUAUGGGUAUAGCUUCCUUUUUGUAAACCAACUCCUCAAAGUUGACUUCCUCUUCAUUCUUCAAAGUCUGACUCUAUAUCAUCUUAGCUCAGUUUUCUGUGAUCACUAGUUUCCUCUCUCAAUACCAAACACUGUUGUUUGUACCUCUCUGAUGUACUUUUAAAUCUGACAGCAGUUUGGAUUUACCAGUCUAUAUGCUCCAAGAGGGCAGAAAUCAUGUUAUGCAAACUGUCUCCUAGUGCCAAACGUAGUGCUGGACAUAGACCCUCAAUAAAUGCUUAUUAGAUGUCUAA